AUGCCCGACACUGUUACGCCGCGAUCCGGUUCGCCGUUCAGACGGCGCUCGCGACGACUUCCGCCGUCCCUCAUCUUCACUCCGAUCGUGCCUCCGCCAAGCCAGAAGCAAUACCGCUCGAAGCAUUCGAAGGAGGAGGAGAGGGCGAGGCUCAUGGCCAUCCUCAAGGCAUUGGACGACGACCUGAAGACGCAAUGCGACUCCCUCUGUGCCCAGAUCGAUGCCAUCAUAGCCAAACAGGAGGCUGAGUUGACUGCUCGGCAACCAAAGAGGACAAAGCAAACCGAAGGUACUGCCCACCCAGCGUCAACAUCGGUCCGAAUGGCCCGUGCGGCACCAAACUCGGCAGCGUCCGUAACGGUUUGCGACCGACCUAAAACGCCGGUACCACGGAUACGAAGCGUGCGCUCGAUGAUCUGGUGA